GAAUGUGGAGAGGAAUCUACGAAAGAUGAACGAUGUCGAGAGUAUAUAAGCUGGUGGAGAUCGAAUACUGCAUAUCAGUCUUGUUUUGAUAGAAUAUAAAGAAAGUAAUCAUGUCUCGCGUCAUUAUCGCUCUUCUUGUCCUUGUGGCGAUCGCUUCUGCCUUCCCAUCCCAGUCAACCAAUUGUGGGGAGAACGAAGAAUUUAAUACCUGUGGUUCAGCUUGUGAGCCUUCUUGUGGAGUUAAAACAAAUAUUUGUACUUUGCAAUGCAUAAUAGGGUGCCAAUGUAAGCAAGGAUAUCUUAGAGCUGGUAAUGGCGCAUGCGUUUCUCCUAAUAACUGUUAAAGAGAAUUAAAAGAUUCUAUUAAAUUAGGAGAAGUACUAUAUAUUAAAUAUCACUUAAUGUUAUACUCAAACGUUUACCGUUCCUACAACAUUUUAUAUACUUAAAAUUUUAUUCAUUUCUUCGAUCUUAUACAUGUAGCUGUUACAUUACUAUAAAUAAAAUACGUUAUUUUAUCGUGUAA